GAUCCCCGCAGUGGACACUCACCUCCUCCACUUGUGGGAGGCGCGCCGCAGCUUAACAAAACGUUGGAAAAAACAGAAGACUAAUCGCAAAUUACGUACCCGUAUAGCCCAACUCACGGAGCAGGCUGCAGCGUAUGCUGCCCAGCUCUCCGAUUCAAAUUGGAUAGCCCGCUGCGACGCCGCAGCUCGUCAGAUGAGCUCGAAGGGGACAUGGCGUCUCUUUCGCAGUCUCAUAGAUCCCUCUCAAACGAGAGGGGAGACGCAAAAGCAACUCCGGCGAGCUCUGCAUGGGUACCAAGGCACGUCGGCACAGCUUGCGGAUGCUCUGUGCGAUAGAUAUCUCUGUCGCACGGAGGACCCGACUGGGCCGGCGUACACGUACUCUGGUAAGCCUAACCACGAACUCGAUGCCCAUUUUCAGUUGCAUGACCUUAAAGCUGCCUUAGCUAAAAUGCGACGGGGUACGGCUCCAGGGAGGGACCGCAUAACAGUGAAACUGUUGGCAAACCUCCCUGACACAGCCUAUCUUCAUUUAUUAGAAUACAUGAACCACAUCUGGGACGGACGUCCGCUCCCUCCCGAGUGGAAAACAUCACUUGUGACUUUUAUUCCCAAAGCAGGCAAGGCCGUGAAUACGGAAAAUCUGAGGCCCAUAUCACUGACCUCGUGCACGGGCAAGCUUAUGGAGACGAUGGUACGGGAUCGCCUCUCUCCAUACCUGGAGAGCAAGGGCUUCUUUGCAGACACCAUGUUUGGGUUUCGCCCACAUAUGUCUGCACAGGACGUCCUUCUCCAGCUGCACAGGGCCGUCAUACAACCCACAACUAUGCAACACAAUGACAAAGCCAUCCUCGCCCUUGAUCUGAAAGGUGCUUUCGACAAUGUUAAACACGAUAGCAUCCUGGCCAACUUGAGUUCCACCGACUGCGGGGCUAGGACCUUUGCAUAUAUAAGAGAUUUCCUCUCUAAACGCCAGGCCCUUCUUCGGAUCGAGGACGAGGAAUAUGGCCCGUACAUUAUGGGAACACGGGGUACCCCUCAGGGAGCUGUGUUAUCACCGCUCCUGUUCAACGUUGCUAUGAUGCGCCUUCCAAACAAAUUGGCCCAGGUGGAAGGCAUUCAACACGCAGUAUAUGCCGAUGACAUUACAAUAUGGACCACCGAAGGGAGCAUUGGGGAAAUGCAGGAACGCCUUCAGCGGGCCGCAUCCAUAGUCGAGGCGUAUGCCAACGAUUGUGGACUCCAAUGUGCUCCAACCAAAUCAGAGCUUCUGCAUGUUAGAGCGAAGCCAACCGAUAAAUCAGCCAUACACAUCUCUCUGUCUGGGGUUCCCAUCAGAGAGGUGGAGGAGCUUCGGAUUCUUGGCCUGUUCAUUCACCACAGACUCAGACCGGACUCCACAAUUGCGAAACUCCGGAUAGUAGGCGAACAGGUAGGGCGCAUGAUCCACCGCGUUUCCAACAAGCGGGGCGGUCUGCGGGGCAGGGACGCGCUUCGGCUCGCCCAUGCCUUCGUGACUAGCCGGAUACUCUACGCCGUCCCAUACCUUCGCACUAACAAGCACGAAGACGACAGAAUAGAUGCCAUCAUUCGCAAGGCGACUAAGCGAGCUCUGGAUCUCCCUGUGGCCACCUCCAACGCCAAACAGAGCUUAGGCGUGCUCAACUCCUACCAGGAGUUGCGGGAGGCCCACCUUGUGAAUCAAUACACGCGGCUCGUGCAGACGGCUCCCGGGCGCCGCCUGCUAAACCGAUUACAGAUCCAACACGUUUGCCCUGCAGAGGAGGCGGAGCGUAUUCCAGAACUGUGGCGCCAUAUGCUCUCGGUCUCUCCGCUCCCCAGUAACAUGGAUACGCACACGCACGAAAGCAGACGACAAGCGCGGGCUCGGACGCUUGAAAGACAACACGGCUCUCGACCUGGUGUAUUCUACGUGGACAUAGCAGGUCCUUCGCCCAAGGGAUUUUACACGGCCUCUGUAAUUCACCAGGAAAAACACGUCAAUGGGCUCUCCUUCCGAGCACAAAAUUCAGAGCGAGCUGAGGAAGUAGCGAUAGCGCUUGCUGCCGCGGAUCCCAAUUCGAAAGUCAUCAUCACGGACUCCCGUAAAGCAUGUGCUCACUACUUGGCAGGGGAGAUAUCCCCCUUAGCCGGCCAAAUUCUAAAACGGGCUGCCAUUGAUCCGACCCCGAAACGCAUUAUAUGGGCUCCUGGCCAUCAGGGCUUACGAGGUAAUGAGGCCGCUGACGCGGCCGCCCGAGCGCUUACCCACCGGGCUCCUCACCCUGGCUCUUAUGACUCAGAGGCCAAUACACCGCUUCUGCGGUUCAAAGAAAUUCUCUCAUAUUAUCGCGACACUCACCGCCUUUUCCCGGCUCCUGCAAAGGGGCUGAGUAAGGCGGAUGAGCGAACUCUAAGGCGCCUGCAGACAGGUACUCUACUCUGCCCUGCAAUAUUAAAGCACUACGAUCCAAACACGGAUGGGCGGUGCCCACACUGUGGGGAGACCUGCGAUAUCUUCCACAUGGUGUGGGCAUGUACUAAAAAUCCCGACCUGCCCCCUUCCCCUACCCCUUCACGAGAGGCAUGGGAGACUGCCCUCCUCAACUGCUCCUCACUGGAGUCGCAACGGGCUCUGGUGCGACGGGCGCGAGACGGGGCCUCGUCAUGCGGUGUCCCGGACUAGGGACGCCGACCAUGUACCGGGGUCAUGCUUUGGCCCCCAAACUCUCUUUUUUUUUCUUUUAUAAUAA